AGUGUAAGGAGGCGGGCAGCGGGCAAGGGGCAGCGGGCAGCGGGCAACCGGCAGGGCAGCUGCCUCGGGCUGGGCUUGUUGUGGGGAGUGGAACGAAGAGCCUGGGGGUGGACAUGCGCUGCGGUCUGUCAAGUCAGGAGGAGCAUGAAAAAAGCAGUGUCUCUGGUUAAUGCAGUAGAUACUGGAAGAUUUCCUCGAUUGCUCACCCGAAUUCUUCAGAAACUUCACUUGAAGACUGAGAACAGUUUCAGUGAAGAGGAAGAAGAAAAACUCCAAGCUGCAUUUUCAUUAGAGAAACAAGAUCUUCAUCUGGUUCUUGAAACAAUAUCAUUUAUUUUGGAGCAGGCUGUUUAUCACAAUGUGAAACCGGUAGUUCUCCAACAACAAUUAGAGAAUGUUCAUCUCAGUCAUGACAAAGCGGAAGCAUUUGCCAGUGCUUGGGCUAGUAUGGGUCAAGAUACAGUUGAAAAGUUCAGACAGAGGAUUUUGGCCCCCCAAAAGCUUGAGACAAUUGGAUGGCAGCUUAACCUUCAAAUGGCUCAGUCUAAUCAAGCCAAGCUGAAGUCUCCUCAAGCUGUGUUAGAACUCGGAGUGAGCAAUGAAGAUUCAAAGAACUUGGAGAAAGUUUGUGUGGAAUUCAACCACAAGGAGUUGUUUGAGUUCUAUAACAAGCUAGAGACCAUGCAAGCACAGCUGGAUUCCCUUAUGUGAUGUUUUUGAAGACUGGUUUUUCCAUCGCACUCCUGCCACCUCAUUAUUUUGUAUUGAAGAUAGAUUGCCAAACUGUGUUUUCUGAAGGACUCAAUGACUUUCUUCCUGUAAAAUUAUAUGGCUUAUCUCCUCUUAGACCAGUAACAUUAGCCAAGGGAGAUUGUUGUUAAGAGUUCUGUGGUUCUAAUUGACUUUCUCUUAUUUUUUUAAGCCAAUAACCAUUGUUAAGAACACUUUUAUUAAAAAAGAAAACAAAAGCUAAUACCAUAUUGUUUUACUGUUGUAUUGUUUUUAUUGCCUAAAUUAUUUACUUUUACAUGCUUGGUGACAUCUUAUAUAUCAGUGUGGCCCCAAAGAUAAAAUUUAUAGUGUGGAUAUUAGCAGAAUAUAAAACUUAAGUAGUCACAGAAGCAGUAAUAGAAACCAACCAACCACACAUACAAGUACUAAUGUUAUUAUAAUCCUUGUACAUAAUAAGAAUUAUAUGUAGUUAGAAAAUAGUUGGGGAAAGAAAUUUGGCAUUUUAUAUUAAAAUAUUUUAAAAGAGUAGUAGUCUCACUUUAUCUCAUCUUAGAUACUCUUGGAUUUUUGGUUUGGGUUUUUAUGGCCAGAUAUAAUGUUCUGUUCUAUCCUAUUUCAUUGAGUGAAUGAAGGAAUGAAACAUUUUGGGUCCUUCUGCAUACCCAGGCAAAGUGCUAAGCACCAGAGAUACAAAGAAAGGCAAAAGACAGUCUCUGCCCUCACAGAGCUCAGAGUCUAAUGGACUGUGUCUUUACGGUACAUAUCAAUAUUCAAUAAUAGAUAGCAUGAGAGAGGACUCAGAGUAGAUUGUUAAGAAAAGUAACAUAUUAACUUAUUAAUUAACUUGCAUAAUGUUAAUUAACAUAUAAUAUUGGCACUUGAAUAGGCAUCACUGAGUAUUUCUACCAUAGCUGCUUUUUCUAAUUAUUUUUCUUCUGUUAGUUUAGUCAAUAUAUAGGGAUACUGAAGUUCUCAGAUAUCUAAUUCCAUAAAAUGACUUAAUUUGCCUCAGUUGUCUUAGAUGGAUGAAUGAAUGAAUGAAUGAAUGAAUGAAAAAUCAUUUUGUUAGCACUGUGCUUACCUACAGCAGCAUUAUAGUUCACUUGUGUCCUGGACUAGGAGAGGGUAGUAGGUUAAAGAGUCAGAUGGUAAAGUGGAAAUCACUGAGGUCAAAAUUAUCAUUGAAAAUCCCUUAAAUCAUUGAUAAAUAUACUUCAGUAUAUUUAAAGAAUAUAGCUGGGAUAGGGCUAAGUACUCUUUAAAAGAAAGCAAUUCGUAUCAGACAACCAGUGGAUCUGAGAUUAUUGAUAUGGAAAUAAUUGGAUGUAAAUCUUAUUUUUCACAAAAUCUAAAUAAGUUAUUGAUUAGGGCAACUGUAGGAACCACGACUUCUACUCAAAUAGAAGACAAAAAUGGAGAGACUCCCCAGUCAGAUAAGUUGAUUUUUUUUUAAGGGUU